AAUAAGAAACUGCCUUCACAGAUCAGAAAACCAUUGUAGAGUGUAGACCCACUUUCUUAUAAUAAUAAAAUUUCUUUACUUUUUGGCUAAAAAUAAAAAUAAAGUUUUAUUCUUUCCUUUCUUUUAUCUCAAAUUCAGUCAGUACUUGCUUCACCAUUAGCCUUUCCUUUCUUUCUUUGUCUUAAAGCCUUCAAUUAGCUCCUUCUUUGCUCUUUGGCCACAGUUCUCUGUUCUGAAAUUCUUCUUCAAUGGCUACCCUGAGUGAUAUUGGUGUCUCAGCAUUGAUUAAUAUACUGGGUGCUUUUGCAUUCCUUUUGGCUUUUGCUUUUCUCAGAAUCCAACCCAUCAAUGACAGGGUUUACUUUCCCAAGUGGUACAUCAAUGGAGAAAGAGCAAGUCCAAGGAGGUCUACAAAUUUUGUGGGCAAGUUUGUGAACCUCAAUUUCAAAACUUACCUCACCUUCUUGAACUGGAUGCCUCAGGCAAUGAGGAUGAGUGAGUCUGAGAUUAUCAACCAUGCAGGCCUUGACUCUGCUGUUUUUCUCAGAAUAUACAUUCUUGGCUUGAAGAUUUUCGUUCCAAUGGCAGUCCUGGCACUUCUUAUACUUAUUCCAGUCAAUGUAUCAAGUGGAACAUUAUUCUUCUUAAGAAAAGAAUUGGUUGUGAGUGACAUUGAUAAGCUUUCGAUAUCGAAUGUGCGCCCAGAAUCGAUAAGGUUUUUUUUCCACAUAGGAUUGGAAUACUUGUUCACAUUUUGGACUUGUUACAUGCUUUACAUGGAAUAUGAUUAUAUCGCAUCGAUGAGGUUGCGUUACUUGGCUUCACAGCGCAGGCGUGCUGAACAAUUCACGGUAGUUGUUACAAAUGUACCACAUGUUUCUGGUCACUCGAUAUCAGAGUCUGUGGAUCACUUCUUUCAAACAAAUCAUCCCGAUCGUUAUCUUUGUCACCAGGCAGUUUACAAUGCAAACAAAUAUGCCAAACUUGUAAGGAAAAGAGAUCGGCUUCAGAAUUGGCUGGAUUAUAACCAGCUUAAGUUUGAAAGGCAUCCAGACAAAAAACCGACUUCAAAGACAGGAUUUUUGGGGCUAUGGGGUGAAAAAAUUGAUUCCAUUGAGUACUACAAGCAACAGAUUAAGGAUCUUGAUAAAAGAAUGAUAUUGGAACGGCAAAAGAUUCUCAAAGACCCGAAAUCCAUUCUGCCAGUUGCUUUUGUCUCCUUUAAUUCACGGUGGGGGGCUGCAGUUUGUGCACAGACACAACAAAGCAAGAAUCCAACAUUAUGGUUGACAAAGUGGGCCCCUGAACCUCGCGAUGUUUAUUGGCGGAACUUGGCUAUACCAUUUGUGUCUUUAACCAUUCGAAGGCUUAUAAUAUCAGUAUCAGUAUUUGCUUUGGUAUUCUUCUACAUGAUUCCUAUAGCCUUUGUGCAAUCCCUUGCAAAUUUGGAGGGCCUUGAAAGAGUUGCUCCAUUCCUUAGGCCAGUGAUAGAAUUGAAAUUCAUCAAGUCAUUCCUGCAGGGUUUCCUUCCUGGUCUUGCACUUAAAAUCUUUCUCUACAUUCUUCCAACAGUUUUGAUGAUCAUGUCAAAAAUUGAGGGGCAUAUAGCAUUAUCAACCCUAGAAAGGAGGACAGCUGCAAAAUACUACUUUUUUAUGUUAGUGAAUGUAUUCUUGGGAAGCAUAGUGACUGGAACAGCUUUUGAGCAGCUUGACGCUUUCCUUCACCAAUCGCCUACACAGAUUCCUAGAACCAUCGGGGUCUCCAUACCAAUGAAAGCUACUUUCUUUAUCACAUAUAUAAUGGUUGAUGGAUGGGCUGGCAUUGCUGGUGAGAUUCUUCGUUUGAAGCCAUUGGUUAUCUUUCAUCUUAAGAACAUGUUUUUGGUGAAAACUGAGAGAGACAAAGAGAAGGCAAUGGAUCCUGGGAGUGUGGAUUUUCCAGAGACUCUCCCAAGUCUUCAGCUAUACUUCCUUUUGGGGCUAGUAUAUGCUGUGGUUACUCCAAUCCUUCUUCCUUUUAUAUUAGUCUUCUUCGCCUUUGCAUACUUGGUUUACCGUCAUCAGAUAAUCAAUGUCUACAAUCAACGAUACGAAAGUGCUGCUGCCUUCUGGCCACAUGUUCACAGCCGCAUUAUUGCAAGCUUAUUGAUAUCUCAGCUCCUUUUGUUGGGUUUACUUAGCACAAAAAAAGCUGCUAAUUCGACUCCAUUACUUGUUAUUUUGCCGGUACUUACAUUAGCAUUCCAUAAGUACUGCAAAAGUCGCUUUGAACCUGCAUUUAGAAAGUAUCCCCUUGAGGAAGCAAUGGCAAAAGACAUCUUGGAGCGAAGCACAGAACCCGACUUAAACUUGAAAGCAUACUUGGCUGAUGCUUACUUGCAUCCCAUAUUCCAAACAUUCGAAGUAGAGGAGUCAGAGAUGGUUCAAGUUCGAGUAGACAAACAUCAAACACAUGUUGCAAGUCCGGUGGCAAGGGAACACGGUUCAUCUUCCCCAGCAAAUUAUGUCCAUCAUCCUGCUUCCCCACCAGAAUAUGUCUAUCAGACCGCUUCCCCGCCCCGUUAUGUAUAUAAUCCGUCGUCUCCUCCCCAUUACGGCUACAAUUCAUUCAAUCCUCCCCAUUAUUUCUACCAUAAUGAAGAACCUUGAACUAAUUUAUAGUUUGCUUACAAGAAAUUCUUACCCCCUUUUUUCUUCUUUGUAGUUAAUUAACUACUGCUUUGCUUUUACUGAGGCCUUGGCCACUUUCAAUGUAAAUUGUUUCUUUGUUUCAUUGGUAUCAAGUUGUAAUUUUUUCCCCCUUUAUGAAAGUUCUUUGAAUGUGUUAA